AUGCCUGAUCCAGCCAAGUCUGCACCAGCCGCCAAGAAAGGCUCUAAGAAAGCCGUGACCAAGACCCAGAAGAAAGAUGGUAAGAAGCGUAGGAAGACCAGGAAGGAGAGCUAUGCCAUCUACGUGUACAAGGUGUUGAAACAGGUCCACCCCGACACCGGUAUCUCCUCUAAGGCCAUGGGGAUCAUGAACUCCUUUGUCAAUGACAUCUUUGAGCGCAUCGCAGGAGAAGCCUCUCGCCUGGCUCACUACAACAAGCGCUCUACCAUCACCUCCCGGGAGAUCCAGACCGCCGUGCGCCUGCUGCUACCCGGAGAGCUGGCAAAGCACGCCGUGUCCGAGGGCACCAAGGCUGUCACCAAGUACACCAGCGCCAAGUAAUCGCAUUCUUCUACUUUAUUAUAAACCCAAAGGCUCUUAUAAGAGCCACCCACACUGUCUGUCAGAGCUCUAGUCCUCCUGAUAAACCCGCUAGUAUCUCUACUGUUCUCAGUAAUUAUGGUUUAAUGAAUCUCACAUGUUGCACAAACUGUCUUGUAUCUCUUCUUUGAAUUACCUUCGCCUUCUAGAUGGAUUUUUAACUGAAAUCCGUCUUUAGAAAACCUGCUCCAUUCCUCAGUACCGGAAUUACGGACGAGGGAAUGGAACUUGUGGGUCCCAAGUAGCCACCUUGGAGGUUUUGCAACUAACGCGUGUAGUGCAUUUAUAGCUGUGGUGGGAGUAGG